GUGCUCUGCUGCAGGGCAUCAAUGAGCACAUUAUGGGGCUAAAGGGUCUAUAUCUUCUACCUCUACUAUUCAUCCUCCAAGACGUUAAAUUCACUCAAGGAGCAUGUAACAGUGGACAGUUUCAAUGCAACAAUGGACAAUGCAUCAACAGUGAGUGGAGAUGUGAUGGGACAAAAGACUGUACAGAUGACUCAGAUGAGCUGAACUGUCCUCCACCAGCAUGCACGUCUCAGGAGUUCAAAUGUGUGACCAGUGGAGAGUGCAUCUCAAUAGGAUUCGUCUGUGAUGGAGAACCGGACUGCGUCGAUGGCUCUGAUGAGCAGAGAACAUGUGGAGGACGGACAUGCAGCUCUGACCAGUUCACAUGUCAGGAGGGCCAGUGUAUUCCCGGCAAAUACAGAUGUGAUCAUGUGAAAGACUGUGUGGACAACUCAGAUGAGAACAACUGCAACUAUCCACGCUGCACUGAAAAGACCUGUGCAAAUGGCGCCUGUUACAAUAACUCUCAACACUGCAACGGUCUUCAGGACUGCAGAGACGGCUCAGAUGAAUAUAACUGCACCAACCAGCACUGUCCCCUUCACCAGUAUGAGUGUGCAAAUGGUUACUGUAUCCCCCAAUCCUUUGUCUGCGACCACUGGGAUGACUGCGGGGACUUCAGUGAUGAACAAGGCUGUGUGUAUGAAAGCUGCAGUGGCAAUGAGUUCACAUGUAGCAGUGGCAGAUGCAUCCCUCAGCGAUGGGUUUGUGACCAGUUCAAUGACUGUGGAGACUAUAGUGAUGAGAAAGGAUGUGACAGUAACUCGAGGGACUGUUACCCGGGAGAGUGGGGGUGCCCUGGAUCUCCGCUGUGCAUCCCUGUGGGUAAAGUGUGUGACGGAAAACCAGACUGCCCAGGAGGAACAGAUGAGACCAACUCGACAGCUGGUCAGACCUGUGGUCUUGAACGAUGCUCCACAUUGAGUUGCGAAUAUGUUUGCCACCCAUCGCCUCAAGGGGGCGCCUGUUACUGCCCUGAUGGUUUUAUUGUAGCCAAUGACAGCCGCACCUGUGUGGACUAUGACGACUGUCAAAUCUGGGGAAUCUGUGACCACAUGUGUGAAGAUCGUCCUGGGACCCACCACUGCAGCUGCGCUGAUGGUUACUUCCUGGAGCAAGGACAUGUCUGCAAAGCAAAUGUGUCAACCGGACUUCCACAGCUGAUUUUCACCAAUGGGGGGGACGUGAUGAUGGCUGACAUACACGGUCGUUUUGUGAGGACGCUCGUGCCCUCGCAGGGUAAAGGCUUGGCUGUGGGCGUGGCCUACAGCUGGCACAGUAACAGAAUCUUCUGGAGCGACUCAUACACUAAAAAGGUCUACUCUGCCAACUAUAAUGGAGGUGAUGUGAAAGAGGUCCUGACUGCUGCGGUUCAGAGUGUGCAGAAUCUGGCUGUGGACUGGCUCAACUUCAAGCUGUAUGUGCUGGAGGCGAUGGUGGAGCGCAUUGACGUGUGUGAAUUUGAUGGAAGCAAUAGAGUCACACUGGUGGCUGAAAACCUGCAGACCCCUCAUGGCUUGGCUCUUGAUCCUACUGUUGGUUACAUGUUCUUCACAGACAAGGGAAUGUCCAAUCAGCAGGUGAAGCUUGAACGUGCCUACAUGGACGGCAGCAAUCGUAUGGAGCUUAUCAAAGGCAGACUGGGCACACCAACUGGCAUUAGCGUGGACAUCGUCACCAAAAGGGUCUACUGGUCCGAUAGUCACUUUGACACAGUGGAGACAGUCACCUAUGACGGCUUAGAAAGGAAAAUUGUGCUCAAUGGCAUAACACAGUCCCCACAUCCUUUUGGAUUAGCAGUGUUUGAGAACCAUGUUUUUUUUACUGACUGGACAAAAAUGGGUGUGAUAAGAACUAAUCGAUUCAACGGCAGCAAUCCAGUACUCCUCUAUCGCACUGCAAAGCGCCCAGGCCACGUUGUGGUUUCACACUCAGUUCUGCAACCGUUUGUGAUGAACCCAUGUGGAAGACACAAUGGAGGCUGUCAACAAAUUUGUGUUUUGAGUCACCGCACGGACAACGAUGGACUUGGUUUCCGCUGUAAGUGUCGCCACGGUUACGACUUGCAGCCUGAUCAUCGGACCUGUUUUAAGGUGAAAGACUACUUAUUAAUGGCGACCUCACCGGCGGUACGGGGCAUCCCACUUAACCUGUCACUGCAGGAGGACAUAAUCCUGCCUUUAACAGGACUUGGGACAUCAUUUUCUGGGUCUGCUGUAGAAUAUGAUAGCAAAGAUGGACUUAUUUUCUAUAAUGACAGGUCAAGUGGACUCAUCUACAAGUCUAACCUAACUGGAUCAGAGCAGCAAAUUUUGACAGGUUACAGAGUUUCAUCAGUUGAUGCAAUGGCCUAUGACUGGACAUCAAAAGUUUUGUUUUGGACCUCCAGUAGCUACAGAAUAGUGGCUGCACUUCGGGUAACAGAUAAAUCCAGAAGAGACAUUGUGACAGGAGUGAGAAACCCCAAAGGCAUUGCAGUGCAUCCUAUGGCGGGAUACUUGUUCUGGUCUGACUUGUACCGCCCCGCUGUCAUAAUGAGAGCUUACACUGAUGGUAGCAACGCAGUUCCUUUAGUUAAUACAACUCUUGGAUUGCCAUAUGGAAUUGCACUUGACUAUCUUACAAGUCGCUUGUAUUGGACGGAUUCCCUAUUGGAUCAGAUUGGCAGUAUUAAUAUUGCAGGAUCAGACAGACAGACCUUCAGUAAUCUUGGACAAAUCACACAGCCUUAUUCUCUAACAGUGUAUUUAGAUUACCUGUAUGUUUCGGACACAAGAACCAGGGCAAUUUUUGAGAUGCGCAAAAGAGAUGGAGGUGGAAAUAUUAUGGUUAGACAAGGAAUAAACAGUAUUAUUAACAUCAAAGCCUAUACAGCUGACACCCAAGUGGGUAAUAACCAGUGCAACAUGGUCCCCAAUGGGCACUGUAGCCAUUUUUGUUUCCCAACUCCAUCCUACGGCCGUGUGUGCGGAUGCCCGUUUGGUAUGAAACUCCAGGCCAAUCAGAGAGACUGUAUCAAGGACGAUUCAGUUGCCCCUCCUGACAACUGUGGUGACCUUGCAUUUGAAUGUGACGAGGGUCGCUGCCGGCCCAACUCCUAUCGCUGUGAUGGAUACAUAGACUGCGUUGAUCAGACGGAUGAGGCCAACUGCACAGAUACAGGGGCGACUUGCUCUCCACGAGCGUUCACCUGCAACAACAAGCACUGCAUUUUGCAAAGUUGGCGCUGUGAUGGUCAUGAUGACUGUGGAGAUGGGUCUGACGAGAUUAACUGUCCCACUCGUAUCCCGACCACCUGCUCUUCGGACUACUUCACCUGUGACAACUUCAGAUGUGUGUCCAAAAAAUGGGUGUGUGAUGGUGAUAAUGACUGUGGCGAUGGCUCUGAUGAACAAAACUGCAAUUCAACCAUCACGACUUGCCCUCCAUCCUAUUUCUUGUGUCCGGACCACCGCUGCAUCAGCAACUUCUUGGUGUGUGAUGGAGACCAAGACUGUUUAGAUGGCUCAGAUGAAAAGGACUGCGAGUUUUCUUGUGCCUCCUAUCAAUUUGCCUGUGCCAGUGGGGAUCAGUGUAUCAGUAACAGCUAUCGCUGUGAUGGAGUGUUUGAUUGUCGAGACCACUCUGAUGAACGAAACUGUCCCACUCGAGGUCCAGGCCUGUGUCAUGACGACGAGUUCCAGUGUCAGACUGAUGGCUUCUGUAUCCCAGAGAAGUGGGAGUGUGAUGGCCAUGCUGACUGUGAGGACGGCUCCGAUGAACACAACUCAUGCCUCCCUCGCACCUGUAGCUCCAGUUUCUUUCAAUGUAACAACAAGAUCUGCAUCCCCAGCAGCUGGGUGUGUGAUGGGGAGAAUGACUGCCGGGACAUGAGCGAUGAGCAGAACUGCCCCACGCCCCCGUUCAGCUGCCCCUCAGGCCAGUGGCUCUGCCCCACGGACAUGGUGUGCAUUGAGCUCCACAAAUUGUGUGAUGGUCAGAGGGACUGUCCCAAUGGAGCUGAUGAAUCCCCUCUGUGCAAUGAAGAUGACUGUCAGUUGAAUAAUGGCGGCUGCAGUGAUGGCUGUAUCCAGGGUCCUUUUGGGGCCCAGUGCACCUGUCCACCGGGCUUCCAGCUUCUCAAUGACUCCAAGACCUGUGAGGACAUCAACGAGUGCCUCAUCCCUGGGUUUUGUAGCCAGCUUUGUUACAAUGAGCGAGGCAGCUUCAGAUGCUACUGCUCAGAUGGCUACUUCCUGGAGCCUGAUGGGCGCACAUGCAAAGUUGCAGAUCAAUUGGCUGCAGUACUUCUGGUUACCAAGCGAAGUCAGAUCGUUGCAAACCAUAUUUACACAAACCCACCUCUCAUAAGACCUGUGAUCAGUGGCUCAGCAAUCGUCACAGUGGAUUUUGACCGAGUUACCUCCCGCAUGUACUACGCUGAUGCCUCCACAAAGCAGAUAUGGAGCGCUUUCCAAAAUGGCACUGACAAAAAACAGGUGUUUUCUACUGGCCUUAUGGUACCAGAGAGUAUAGCAGUGGACUGGGUGGGUCGAAAUCUGUACUGGACUGAUUCUGUGAUGGAGAAUAUUGAGGUAUCUACACUGGAUGGCCGUUUCAGGAAAGUCCUUUUGACCAAAAAUAUUACGAGUCCCCGGGGACUUGUUUUGGAUCCUCGCAACCACACCAACGUCAUGUUUUGGUCUGACUGGGGAAAGAAUCCUCGUAUUGAGCGGGCUUACAUGGAUGGUACAGCGAGGAAGGCCAUUCUAACCACCAAAGUUUACUGGCCCAAUGGCUUAGCUCUGGAUUACUCGACAAGAAGAUUGUACUUUGCAGAUGCAUACCUCAAGUACAUUGACUAUUGCGACUAUGAGGGCAACAAUCGCCAACAAGUCAUGGCUAGUGAUUUGGUUUUGCAGCACCCACAUGGGAUGACCAUCUUUGAGGACUAUGUGUACUGGUCCGAGCGUUACACCAGUAAAGUCAUGAGGACCAACAAGUUCCAUGGGGAAAAUGUCACCAUUGUCAUGAACAAUGUCUAUCAGCCAAUGGGAAUUGUUAUGGCGCACCCUAUCAAACAACCACAAGCGAUGAACCCCUGCAGUGAACACCUAUGCACUCAGCUGUGUCUGUUGUCUGGAAUGAGACCCAGGUACUACACCUGCCACUGUCAGUCUGGGUGGAAACUAGAUGCAGACAAGCGUACUUGUAUCAAAGAUGAGACUCCUUUCCUAAUGGUGGUGAGAGAUUCUGUGAUUUUUGGGAUUCCCCUGGACCCAGCUGAUCCGUCCAACAAUGCAAUGGCCCCUGUGUCUGGUGUCAGCCAAGGACAAGAUAUAGAGUUUGAUGACCAAGAACAGUUUGUCUAUUGGGUGCAAAAUACAGGUUCCAUUUGGCGAGUCAAGACCAGUGGUACCAACAGGUCUGAGUUUGCACCAGCUGCCAUCUUGGGGACACCUUCUGGACUGGCUUUUGAUUGGAUAGGUCGAAUGAUGUAUUACACAAAUCCAACUGCUAAAACUAUUGAGGUGAUUCGUGUGGAUGGGGACCAGCACUACAGAAAAACGCUCAUCACAUCCACUGGAAAACCAGAAGCGGUUGGAUCACCACACGGAAUAGUUGUGGAUCCAGCUCGAGGGAAAUUGUUUUGGUCCGAUAAGGGUGCAAACGGAGUCCCUGCUAAAGUCGGAAGUGCUGACAUGGACGGUACCAAUCUCAGGAACCUUUACUUUGAAAAUCUGGCUAACAUUGGCUUCCUCGCUGCUGAUAUCUCAGCUAGUAAACUCUACUGGGGUGUUUCGGGCUCUGGAAUAAUUGAGUGUGGUACAAUGGAUGGGCAGAGUCGUGUGAGAGUGGUCAGUGGUCUUUCAAAUCCCUGGGGACUCACUAUUCACCAGAACUAUCUGUACUACACCGACUCGGACUUGGAGGUCAUUGAGAGAGUGGACAAAGACACUGGGGCCAAUAUGGUGGUCAUGAGAAGUGGCAUGUCUGGUCUGCGAGCUCUCAGAGUCCACGCCAGAGACAAUUCAGCAGGAACCAGCAAUGCCUGCAGCUCCAACAAUGGUGGUUGUCCUCAGCUUUGUUUACCCAAACCAAACAACCAGAAAACCUGUGCCUGCACCACUGGCUUUAACCCCUCACAUGACGGCUCCCACUGCGAACAGUUCGAAUCCUUUGCUGUUGUUGCAAACUCCAAACACAUCCGAGGCUUUCACAUCAACAGUUCUGAUCACUCUGAGGCAAUGGUCCCUAUUGGUGGACCAUCAUAUUCAAUCAAGGACAGGAUCGACCUCCAUAUUGAGUCCGGCUUUGUUUAUUGGACUGACAACAGCACUUCAACUUCCUACAGGGGGAUUUUCAGGGCCAAAACAGAUGGUGCACAGUACAGUCGUGUAGUUACUUCUGGCAUUGGAAGGAGGGGUAUCCAAGGCAUUGCUGUUGACUGGAUUGCAGGCAACUUGUACUUCACCAAUGCCUUUACAAGUGAGACACUGCUGGAAGUCUUGGCUAUAAACACCAGUUACCGAAUGAUCCUCCUCAAGUCAUCCCAGGAUCAGCCCAGUGACCUAGCAGUGAGCCCUAAGCUUCGCUAUCUUUUCUGGACAGAUGCCGGACAAACCCCCAAAAUAGAGCGCGCUUUUCUGGAUGGCACCAACCGGACAGUCCUGGCCUCAGAGAGCUUAGCGUCACCGCGAGGGUUAACUGUAGACUACACCAACGACUUCCUGUAUUGGACGGAUGACGUUCUUGAUAUGAUUUCUUGUAUGGCUGCAGAUGGCACUCAGAGGCAGAUUAUCAGAUAUGGGAGUCGUCUUCCUGCCCCAACAGCAGUGUCCAUUUUUGGGAACAAUAUGCUGUGGGUGGACAGAAAGUUAGGCAAACUCUUCCAAUCCAGUAAGGAUCCAACCAAUACUGAUCAGCCAGAGGUGAUAAGAGACAAUCUCGCUGGCCUAAUGGACGUGGCUAUCUUUGACGUUCAUGUCCAGCCCAUAGCAGCUCAUCAGGUUGCAUUUAACCCGUGUCUAGAAGAUAAUGGACGCUGCCAGCAGCUCUGCUUUGCUCUUCCCAACCAGGAAAGCCCAAAGUGUGGCUGUGCUCACGGAUCUCUCCUUAACAAUGGAGUCACUUGUGGCUAUGGGUUGGAUGAAUUUUUAAUCUUCACGACUGAUGUCAGUCUCAAUAGUCUCAGGUUAGACCCCCAGGACCACAGCACCCCUUUUCCAACUGUGACUUUAGGCAGCCAAGUCAUGGGAACAGAUUUUGACGCCAAAGGAAAGCGGAUUUUCUUCACACAGUACAUAGGUUAUGGUCGCAGCAGAGUUGGCUACAUCUCAACCACGUCCAUCAGUGCUCCACCUGUGAUUCUAGCAUCAGACUUGGAUGAUCCAGAGGGCGUAGCCUACGACUGGAUCAACAAGCGCCUCUACUUCACCGAUUAUAUCAAACGCUAUGUUCUGUCCAUGGGGAUUGAUGGAAAGAACUACUCAAUUAUAGCUCAUGGAAAUCGGCCUAGAGGCAUCAUUGUAGAUCCGUGCUAUGGAUAUGUGUACUGGACUGACUGGGGGUUCCCAGCCCAGAUUGAGAGAGCCACCCUUGCUGGAAAUUUCCGGAUUCCAAUUGUCAACACAAGUCUCACAACUCCCAAUGGACUGUCUAUUGAUUAUGAGGAGAGGAUGCUCUACUGGGCUGAUGCCACAUUGGACAAGAUUGAACGGUCCACUCUGACUGGUGCAAAUCGACAGGUGAUCCUGUUGGGAGUCCAGUACCCUUUCUCACUGACCGUCUAUAAGCAGGACAUUUUUUGGACAGACUGGACCGAAAGAGGAGUGUUUAGAGCUGGAAAGGAGGAUGGCUCAGACUUUGCAGUUCUCGCUCAAGAGCUGCAGUAUAGACCAAACGAUAUCCAUGUGUAUUCCCCCGCAAAACAGGAGAGCUGUAAUAACACCUGCAUGCAGUUUAAUGGAGGCUGUAGUCAUGUAUGUGUGUCAGGUCCGUCAGGUCCUGAGUGCCAGUGUCCACAUGAGGGAAAAUGGUACUUAGCCAAUAAUGGGAAAGACUGUAUUAAAGACACUGGGGCGCGCUGUCCUCCGGAGCAAUUCACCUGUUUGAAUGGGGACUGCAUCUCUAUGCGGUGGAAGUGUGAUGGCUACAACGACUGUGAUGACAACUCCGAUGAGCUGGAGAGAGUGUGCGCCUUCCAUACGUGUUCAGCGGUGGACUUCACGUGUGACAAUGGCCGCUGUGUGCCGCUCUCUUACACAUGUGACUACACAAACGACUGUGGUGACAACAGCGACGAAAGGGGGUGUCCGUUCCCCACCUGCAACCCUGCUACUGAGUUCUCCUGUGCCAACGGGCGAUGCAUCAGCUUAGCCCUGGUUUGUGACGGCCACAAUGACUGCAGAGACAACGCCACCUCAGAUGAAAUCAACUGCCCUGACAGAACAUGCCCUGCUGGUCAAAUUAAAUGUGAAAAUACCAAUAUCUGCAUUUACCCUGAUUAUUUGUGCGAUGGCAACAACAACUGUGGAGACAACAGUGAUGAGAAUCCACUCUUCUGUGCGGGUCGAACGUGCUCUCCAAGCCAGUUCCGCUGUGAUGGAGGGAAAUGCAUUCCUCAGGCUUGGGUCUGCGAUAACUUUAAAGACUGCAGUGAUGGGACCGAUGAACCUCCAUCUUGUAAGGAUAUAAUCAGAACAUGUGGUCCAAGCCAGUUCACCUGUACUAGUGGAAACUGCAUCCCUCAGUCCCUGGUCUGUGAUGGCAACAACGACUGUGGGGACAACAGUGAUGAGGCUUUAGAAUUACAGUGUGGUCAGCGCACAUGCAAUACAAACCAGUUUACCUGUCCGACAUGGUAUCCUGGCCACCCGCAAUGCAUUCCUCUUACUUUCGUUUGUGAUGGAGAAAAAGACUGCGCCAAUGCGGCUGAUGAGCUCCAAAACUGUCCAAACAGAACUUGCCACAUGAAUGAGUUUGCCUGUUCCAAUGGACGCUGCAUCUUCUUGCCUUUCCACUGUGACCGCGUAAACGACUGUGGUGACGGCAGUGAUGAGCUGGGCUGUACCUACGACACUUGCUCCUCAAACCACUUCACGUGCAAAAACGGAGCAUGCAUUUGGGGCACUUACAUCUGUGACGGAGAGGUAGACUGCCUGGAUGGCUCUGAUGAGGAAGAGAGCUUGUGUGUGACACCUCAACCCACCUGUGCCCCCAACCAGUACCUCUGCAAGUCAGGAGAGUGCAUUGACCUCCACAAGGUGUGCAAUGGACAGAAGGACUGUUCAGACAGCAGUGAUGAGAAAGGCUGCGGAAUCAACGAGUGCCUCAACCCAUCUGUCCAUAAAUGUGCUCAGAUCUGCACAGACACUCUCACUGGUUACUACUGCUCUUGUAACCCGGGGUACAGACUGAUGCCUGAUGGGAAAGCCUGCGAGGACAUAAAUGAAUGUGAGAGCACGCCCUCUGUAUGCAGUCAGCUUUGUGACAACACUGCGGGCUCCUACUUCUGCAAAUGCGCCCCCGGCUACAUUCGAGAACCGGACGGCCGUACCUGUCGCCAAAACAGUGGCAUCAACCCAUACCUGCUCUACAGUAACCGCUACUACAUCCGCAACCAGACCACCGAUGGGUCACAGAUGAGCAUCGUGCUGCAGGGGCUGUCAAAAGUCGUAGCUUUAGACUUUGACCAUUCAGAGAAGAGGCUUUACUGGUUAGAUGUUGGAGUUGGGAAAAUGGAGAGAAUGAGUCUGGAUGGGACCGGUAGAGAGAUUCUAGCAAACACAAACGUGGUUGGAGCAGAGGGUAUUGCUGUGGAUUGGGUUGGCAGAAAGCUGUACUGGACAGACAGUUUCUAUGGCUCCCUUCAUGUUAUGGAGCUGGAUGGACGCUACAAGAAAAAACUCAUCACUGGACAUUUCCAAGAUGGAAACAACACUUUUAUUAUCACUCGACCUCGAGCUGUUGCUGUCAACCCUAAACACGGAUGGUUGUAUUGGACAGACUGGGCAGAUAAACCGUUUAUUGGCAGAGCGGGUAUGGAUGGAAGCAACAUCAGUGCCAUCAUCACAACAAAACUGGAGUGGCCUAAUGCUUUAACUAUAGACUACACCACCAACAAGAUAUUCUUUGCUGAUGCUCAUCUUAGUUAUUUGGACUUUGCAGACAUGGAUGGUAAGAACCGCCAUCGGGCCAUAGCUGGGGCCCUUCCUCACGUGUUUGCGAUCUCCCUCUUUGAGGACUGGGUUUACUGGACUGACUGGAACACGCACACUGUGGAGAAGGCCCAUAAGUACACAGGAGCCGACCGCACAGUAAUGAACAACAAUACACACCGACCUUACGACAUCCACGUCUACCAUCCGUACAGACAACCCCGGAGUGAAAAUCCAUGCACUUCCCAUCAUUUGACCUGUAGUCACCUUUGUCUGAUCAAACCUGGAGGACAAGGAGCUACUUGUGAAUGUCCCGAUCACUUCAUUGGUCUAAUGGUGGGCUUCAAAGUCCAGUGUGUCGCAGACUGCUCCAGUACACAGUUCAGAUGUGGAGACAAUGAGAAAUGUGUACCGAUCUGGUGGAAGUGUGAUGGUCAAUCGGACUGUGGCGAUGGCUCAGAUGAACCACAGACCUGCCCCCCUCGAUUCUGCCCCAUCGGCCAGUUCCAGUGUCAGGACGGAAACUGUACCCACCCCGGUUUCAUUUGUGAUGGCCACGCAGACUGUCCUGACAAAUCAGACGAGGACGCCGCUCUGUGUAGUGACCACAGGUGUCAGGACAACCAGUUCCAGUGUAAAAACAAGCACUGCAUCCCUGUGUCGUGGCAUUGUGACGGGCUGAAGGACUGCGCAGACGGCAGCGAUGAGGACCCAGACACUUGCUCUCAGCGCACAUGUAAACCAGGGCAGUUCCAGUGUGCCAACGGCCUGUGCGUGCCCCAGAGCUACGUGUGUGAUGCCCAAGACGACUGCGGAGACGGGUCUGACGAGCCCUUCGAAAUCUGCAUGGGUCCCGACUACAAAUGUGAUGAAACGGAGUUCUCCUGUAAGACAAACUACCGCUGUGUUCCAAUGUGGGCACGCUGUGACGGCACCAAUGACUGCUUGGAUAACAGUGACGAGCAAGGAUGUGAGGCUGUGACCUGUGACCCUGUGGGAGAUUUCCGUUGCGAUAACCACCGUUGUGUUCCCAUUCGCUGGAAAUGCGAUGGAAACAAUGACUGUGGGGAUGGAUCAGAUGAAAGAGACUGCCAACCCAGGUCUUGUUCAGAAAGUGAAUACAAGUGUGACAGCGGACAGUGCAUUCCCGGGAAAUGGGUGUGUGACCAUGACAACGACUGCGGGGACAACUCAGAUGAGCGGGACUGUGAGCUGUACACGUGUCGUCCAGGCUUAUUCCAGUGCGACUCCGGUCACUGCAUCCCCGAGUCUCUUCUGUGUGACGGCCGCGCAGACUGUAAAGACCUGUCUGAUGAGACCAGCUGCCCCACCCGUUACCCAGGAGGCCGCUGGUGUCCACCGCAACAGUUUGAAUGCACCAACCAUCUGUGCAUCAGCAAGAGUUUUGUGUGCGACGGCAGCGACGACUGUGGAGACCGCUCCGAUGAACAGCUAGUAUUAUGCUUGAACAUAACUUGUGAGAUGCCAGCCAAGUUCCGUUGUGCAAAUGGCUACUGCGUCUACUCUGGAUUGCUCUGCAACCAGAAGGACGACUGUGGAGACGGCAGCGAUGAGAAAGAAGAGCUUUGCCGUGAGCCCACAUUGCCCCCCUGCACUCUUGACCAGUUCAAAUGCACCAACGGACACUGUGUGGCUCUGCCCUAUGUGUGUGAUCACAAUGACAACUGUGGGGACCUCACAGACGAAAUAGGCUGCAAUUUUGGCCCGGAUCGUACCUGUGAGGAGAAGCUCUGUCAACAAGACUGCCUCAACCUGAACGGGACAGGCUUCAUCUGCUCCUGCCGAUCUGGAUACAAAGUGGACCCAGAUAACACUUUGACCUGCAUUGACAUAAACGAGUGUGAGCAGUUUGGCAUUUGCCCUCAGAUCUGUAAAAACACAAAAGGUGGCUAUGACUGUGAAUGUGCUCCUGGAUACAGAAGAGUGGGCAGUGGAGACAAGUGUGAGGCAGAGGGUCCUGCUCCACUGCUGCUUCUCCCAGAAAACAUUCGCAUCCGGAGAUUUAACCUCCAAGCUCAGACCUAUCACGACUUCCUGCAAGAGGAGGAGCGCAUCAUGGCCGUGGACUACGACUACGACCACAACAACACCGGAUUCAGUAUGGUGUACUUCACUGUUGCUGGUAAAGGUGCAGUAUCAGGUGCCAUAAAGAGAGCGUACAUCCCUUCUAUAGAUGAUGGCAGCAAUAACAUUGGGGCUGCUGUUACCCUGGACAUCAAGUACAUCGUCUCACCAGACGGCAUCGCUGUGGACUGGGUCGGCAGAAACCUGUACUGGGCAGACUCCAGAGUCAAAAGAUUAGAGGUCGCUAUGUUGGAUGGGCGAUACCGAAAACAUCUGGUGAAGACUGACAUGGGAUACCCAUCUGCUGUGGCUGUUAACCCACGACUGGGGAUGUUGUACUGGGCCGAUCGUGGCAAUGACCCUAAGAUUGAGUGCUCGUGGCUGGAUGGUCAGCAGAGAAAGGUUCUUGUAGGAGAGCGGCUGGGAUGGCCCACGGGUUUGUCAAUAGACUAUACCAACAACGACCGCAUCUACUGGUCCGACUCCAAAGAAAGCCACAUCGAGUCAGUGCUGCCCUCUGGAGAAGACCGCAGAACAGCUGUCUUCAUUGAUGUCCAGAACCCUCUCAGUGUGAACGUGUUUGAGGACAACGUUUACUGGAGCACACAGGAGAAGGGAGAGGUCUACAGACAAAACAAGUUUGGGCGUGGACUCAAGACCAAGCUCCUGACUGCAGGGCCCUGGCUCACACAAGUGUCUCUGUAUCAGAAGCAGAGAUACAACUCCAUCAACAUGAAGAACCCGUGUAAAGGGACUUGCAGCCACCUGUGUCUGCUCCGUCCGGGAGGCUACACCUGUGCCUGUCCUGAAGGCACUAGCUUUGUCCAAGGCAGCAACACUGAAUGUGACACUGGAUUUGAACCACCUCCUACUAUGCCCCCACCCUGUCAGUGUCAGAAUGGUGGAACAUGCUACUUUGAUGACAACAAGGCUCUUUGCAUAUGUCCUUCAAUGUGGUAUGGAGAUUUUUGUGAAAAGAGCAAAUCUGGUCUUUUGGCUUCAUCUGUUGGAAUAGCCAUUGGGGUCACAGUGCUGAUAAUUGCUGUACUUAUUGCUAUUGUGUAUUCUGCACGCAAGAAGAGUGACCUCAUACAAAGGUUACGCUCCAAUCUUCCCAGCAUGCCCUCAAUGCCCUCAAUGCCCUCUAUGCCCUCUAUGCCUGCAAUGCCUGAUCUGUCACGCUUCAGAAAGGACCCACCUUCUAAUAAUUUGAAAACAGAAAUGAAUGUCACAAGUGUGAAUCCUGGUGAAACGGUGGCUGUGUCCAAUCUGCUGCCAGAAGACAAGAGCUUUGAGAACCCAGCCUACGAAGCAGAGACACAGCCUUUUGCUUCCAGUGCAAUGCCAGCAACUCCAACUCCAAAUGGUUCAGUCCAGAAAAAUGUAAAUAACCCAUUGUACAUGGACGAGCUCCAGGUUGUCAGUGAACCUCCACAAGAUGGAGCUGCAAACAAGGAGCCUAUUGAGAAUAAUUCAGACAAUACAGAGUUAACGAAUGUUGCUGCUCCCAAAACUGUGAGUUUUGAACCCGUCAGUGAUUUUGACUUCACUGGCGGCUUCCAAAACCCAGUGUACACAGACCAUCGCACUGACUCCGACAUUUGAUCACCACUACAGAAGACUGUUUUCUAUUGCCUUACCUUAUGUUAAAAUAUUUCUUUUUCCAAUAAGCGAGACAAACUGUCAUAUCAUUGCUAAUCAUUGAAAUUUUUGUAAGUAUUCAAUUAUAUUUUUUUGUAUAAUGAAAAUGUUAAAAUUCAAAUAAACUGUAUUUUAU